AUGACAGCUUUCGUUACCUUAGUCUGGUUUUUGAAGCGAUUUGAAGCUUCGAAGAACCUCCAGUCAAGCCUCAUCCUACCUGCCUCAUACAUCCCCCAUCCUCAUCUUACAACCUCAUACUCCCCCAUCCUCACCCUACCCCAUCUCUAUCCCUUCUCCAUCCUCAAUACCUCCUCAUACUUUUCCAACGAGUCCUCAUACUCCCUCAUACUUUCAGGAGUCCUCAUACUCCCUCAUACUUUCAUGAGUCCUCAUACUUCCUCAUACUUUCAGGAGUCCUCAUACUCCCUCAUACUUUCAGGAGUCCUCAUACUCCCUCAUACUUUCAGGAGUCCUCAUACUCCCUCAUACUUUCAGGAGUCCUCAUACUCCCUCAUACUUUCAGGAGUCCUCAUACUCCCUCAUACUUUCAGGAGUCCUCAUACUCCCUCAUACUUUCAGGAGUCCUCAUACUCCCUCAUACUUUCAGGAGUCCUCAUACUUCCUCAUACUUUCAGGAGUCCUCACACCCGGUAUGUGCUUGUGGCAAGGGAGUCUCCUGGCCAAAACUACUCACACUUUUUGGAUGUGAUUCGAGGCCAAAGACUGACUUUUAACUGGUCUUUCUCGUACACAGACGAUUCGGAAAUUCGCUAUCCGUACGGGCGUGUUGUUCGACGAGAGACGCCCCUCGAACCCCACGUGACUGGCCGAAAUUACGCUGAAGGAAAGACAAGAUUAGCUGCCUGGUUCGUCUCCAAUUGCAACACGGAGAGCAAGAGGGAAAACCUGGCGAAGUCGCUGCAGAAGUGGCUGACGGUGGACGUGUACGGCAACUGCGGGCCCUACAGAUGCGCGCAGACCCACUGGCGGGAGUGCCACGCCCUUCUCAACUCCACCUACAAGUUCUACCUUUCCUUUGAGAACUCGCUCUGUCGGGACUACGUCACGGAGAAGUUCUUCACGCCGUUGCAACUAGACGUAGUCCCUGUAGUCUACGGCUACGCGAAUUACUCCAGACUGGCUCCUCCUCACUCCUAUAUCGACGCCCUCUCCUUCAACACGACGAAGGGACUGGCGGAGUAUCUUCUGUACCUCGAUAAGAAUGACACCGCUUAUAACGAAUACUUUCGAUGGAAACCCUACUACCGGCAGCUCUUCCAGCACGACCUGAGAACCAAGGCUUUCUGUGAUUUAUGCGAGAGACUCCACUACGACAGGGAGCCGAGGCAUCACGAUGUAAACAGCUGGUUCGACGAAGAUAAACAGUGUCUCUCUCAGGAGGAUCCGAGGAUAAAACAGCUGAUUUCAGAGUGAUUGGUUGUUGUUGUUUGUUGUUUUGUUGCUGUUGUUGUUGUUGUAGGGGUGAAUAGCUGUUGUUGUUGUUGUAGGGGUGAAUAGUUGUUGUUGUUGUUGUUGUAGGGGUGAAUAGUUGUUGUUGUUGUAGUUGUUGUUUUAGUAGAAGGAGGAGGAGGAGGAGGAGAAAUAGUGGUAGUUAAUUAGUAGUUGUGGUGUUGGUAAUAGUAGUAGUAAUAGUAGUAAUAAUGGUAGUAGUAGUAGCGGUAGUAGUAGUAAUAGUAAUAGUAGUAAUAGCAGUAGUAGUGGUAAUAGUGGUAGUAGCAACAGCUAUAGUAAAGUAGUAGUAGUGAUAUAACUAGUAAUCACAGUAGAAGUAAA